AUGCAGCACACCGAACCAUUUGCCAUGCAGAAGCCCAAGGCACGGUGUCAAUUGGUAGAUAGGAAACCCAUUGUUGCACUUUCGUUACUCACGCUGUUGUUCUGUCGAGCGGUGAAAGCAAGGCAAUACUCUGAGCAUCGCUUCUGUGGUUCAUACGUGCGAGUCGAGCAACAGAACGCAAAAGACGUCGUUCAGCGAUGUUACGGUAGAAUGGUGCUAGCGCAGGAGCCCGAGUAUAAGUAUCAAAUCGUCAACAACCCUGACUUGACCGCCGCUGGACGACAGAAACCUUUCGUAGCACUUGACUUUAAAAACAGUGCGUCGGCGGCGGAUAUCACAGUGGUUACAUCAGUUUAUAACGCAGCUCCAGCUCUUGAAAAGUCGCUUCCACAACUCUUCCUCAAAACUACUGGUUCAUGGGAGUUCGUUCUUGUACUCGACGCGUGUUAUGACGCUUCAUACUCGACCGCCGUCAAGCUAUUACAAAGCUAUUUUAGAACUCAGUGUAGCUUCGGUACACCCGUUCAUACCUCUCGAGGGUUGUCGCUGCCAACGGCCUCUCCAACAGAUACACCAACUCGUCACUCAGCCCUACCACUCUGCCCGGUUCCAUGUUAA